UAUAAUUUACAGAAGUGAAAAAAUUUUGCUGUCCUGAGUGAAAUAAUAAUAAUAUCAUUUCAAAAUGGAUGCAUUUUUCGGCAGCUGGACACUGGUCACUAGUGACAAUUUCGAAAAAUACAUGGAAGCACUCGGCCUUCCACCUGCGAUGAAAGAGUACGGACAAAACAUGAAAGCAGUGGUCAUAUUUUCACAAGAUGGAGAUUAUAUAGUCAAAAAAACUAAAAUGUACGAGGCCACAAACAGAACUUUCACCUUCACAUUCAAACUGGGUGAGGAAUUCGACGAAAGCACCAUAGACUUCAGAGUCUGCAAAUCUGUUUUGAACCUGGAAGGAGGUAAACUUAUACAUCUGCAGAAGUGGGACGGUAAAGAGGCCACAACCAUCAGUGAGAUCCAGGACGGGAAACUGAUUAUAACUUUUAUACUUGGGGAUAUUGUAUCUGUGCGCACUUAUGAGAGGAUCUAAUGACCUACCGGCAGGAAGAAUGACAUCUAUGAAGAUUAAUUAUUCAUCCAUAUGUCUUGACACUUGGGCUGGAAACAGUUCAUGAAAAUCUGCAAAAACUAAAUUCAAUAAAGAUCUGGAGAAAAUGUGA